AACGCCGUUGAAAUAGUAAUCGGAGGCGAUUUAGCAUCGUAGAGUCGCCGUUCAUGGCCUUCACGUGGGGAUCUGCUCUCCGGAUUUCUGUUCUCCUUAUCCUUGUAGCUGCAAUCGUCUUAGCUUGUUAUUUUCUCCCCGUUGAGAAGUUAUUGAAGGAUUUUUUGUUAUGGGUUGAACAAGAUCUUGGGCCUUGGGGACCUUUUGCCCUGGCUGUUGCGUAUAUUCCUCUAACAGUUUUGGCUGUUCCAGCCUCGGUUCUCACGAUCGGUGGUGGCUACCUUUUUGGGCUGCCAAUUGGUUUUGUGGCGGACUCAGUCGGUGCUACACUUGGCUCAGGAGCCGCAUUUCUUCUAGGCCGUACAAUUGGAAAACCUUUUGUUGUUGCAAAAUUAAAGGAUUAUCCUCAGUUUCAGUCAGUGGCACUCGCGAUUGAGAAAUCCGGCUUCAAGAUAUGCUUGCUGCUCCGGCUUGCUCCUCUUCUCCCCUUCAGCAUGUUGAACUACCUAUUAUCUGUCACGCCAAUUCGGCUAGCCCCAUACUUGCUUUCUUCUUGGUUAGGGAUGAUGCCAAUAACACUUGCGUUAGUGUAUGUUGGAACAACUCUAAAAGACCUUUCUGAUGUAACUCACAAGUGGAGCGAAUUCUCGCUAGGUCGCUGGGCGUUCUUGAUUUCGAGCCUUGUGAUAUCCGUGAUAUUAAUGGUGUGUGUUACGAAGGUGGCGAAGGACGCUCUAAGAAAAGCUUUAGCAGAACACGGAGGAGACAUGAACGAAGCGGUUGCAGCCUUGCCAGAGCUGACCGUUACUGAUGAAGCUUCGACGGAUUUAAAUGAGCCUCUCUUAAUAAAGAUAGAUGCUCAACAACCUCAGGACCAAGCUAUGGGGAUCUCCUUCAGCAAGCGUCGACGAGACAACUACCACCACCACCGUCCCCACCACAAUCCGCCGUACUAUUACUCCGAUCCUCCACCACAACAGCCGCCGCCUCAAAACGAGUACAGCUACUCUCACAACCACCUCGUUUCAACUCCACAGCUCUCUCUUCCUCCACCACCACCACCACCACCGUCUUCUUCUCAGCCUCCGCCGUCGCAGAUUAGUUACCUACCGUACGGUCAAAACUAUCAUCAAAACCAAUACUACCCGCAACAAGCUCCUCCGUAUUUCACCGGUUAUCAUCACAAUGGGUUUAAUCCGAUGAUGAGACCGGUUUUCUUCGGUCCGCCUCCGGUUCCGGUUAUGCAACCGCCUGCACCUUACGUGGAGCAUCAGAGCGCCAAGAAGGUGAAGAACGAUGUCAAUGUGCAUAAAGCUACGGUGAGGCUCGAAGCAGACGAUCUUAACCCUGGUCAUCAUCUUGUUUCCUUCGUCUUCGAUGCCUUAUUCGACGGCAGUUUCACUAUCAUAUUUUUUGCAAAGGAGGAAUCAAACUGCACAAUCGUCCCGCAUUUACCAGAAGCUUUCCCACCGAUCAAAGUCCCUUUCCAGAAAGGUACAGCGCAGAAGUUUCUACAAGCUCCAGGGACAGGAACCGACCUAGGGUUCUUUUCACUGGAUGAUCUAUCAAAACCAAGCUCGGUUUCAGACGAACCAUCAGCAGAAGAGGUGUACCCACUUGUAAUAUCAGCCGAGACAGUAAUCUCACCAAGCUCGGUUUCAGAGGAACCAUUAGUUCAUAAGCAAAUUACUCAAGCGUGUUUGGAGAAGACUAAUGAUGGAUCUUUCAAAGUGAAAGUCAUGAAACAGAUCCUAUGGAUUGAAGGACAUCGAUAUGAACUACGUGAGUUGUAUGGAAUCGAUAAUUCAACCACACAAGGUAAUGCUGCGUCGGGCUUAGAGGAUACUGAUGGCAAAGAAUGUGUCAUAUGCUUGACUGAACCUAAGAACACAGCCGUCAUGCCUUGUAGACAUUUGUGUUUGUGCAGUGACUGCGCAAAAGAACUGAGGUUUCAGUCAAACAAAUGUCCCAUUUGUAGACAACCUAUCGAUGAGCUUUUAGAGAUAAAAGUGGAAACUAGUGAUGAACAACACUGAGAAAGAGGUUUCUUCCCUUCACUUAAAACACCAUGUUUGAUAUUUUCUUCUUCUUCUUCUCCUUUUUUUGGAAACCGUCAAAUCGAAUUCUUUUGCCCUUUUUCUUAUACAAAUGUGUUUUCUCAUGCCAUAUUCUGCACAUAUUUGUUGGUCUUAGUUUUGGGAAGCACAAAGGAAAAAAGUCAGUAUAAUGUGUAUAGAGCUCCAAUGGGUCUUGAGAAACUUUUUCUUUGUAUCUUUCUACUUGAAACACUCAUCAUUCUCUUUGAUCUGUUAUUAAAUACUUUUUGGUUUG